UAGAACCUGGAGAUGUAAUUUGUGAGGUAUUGAAUUUUAAAUGCUUUAGGAAAUAAAGUCUUUGCUUUCACUUUUUGGAGGUCAGUUCACUAAUAAUCAGGAAACUUAUGGAAAGUCUCCUUUUUGGAUACUUACUAUUCCCUCUGAAGAUAUUGCCAGAAACUUAAUGAAACGGACAGUGUGUGCCAAAUGGUUUUUAGUUGGAUGAGCAGAUUGUUGAAUGUAAGAUGACAAAAAGUGAGGACCGCCAUGAAAUAAGUUUUUCUGUUUUAGUUUUUAGAGGAGUUCUGAUUAUCGUAAUUUGGUCCAUAUUUGAGCUAUGGGGUCAUGGGAAAUCUCCAGAAGAGCUGUAUAGUUCUCUCAGAAACUACCCUGUGGAGAAGAUGGUUCCAUUUCUACAUUCAGAUUCUACAUAUAAAAUAAAGAUUCACACAUUCAAUAAAACAUUGACACAAGAAGAAAAAGUCAAACGAAUAGAUGCUCUUGAGUUUCUGCCAUUUGAAGGAAAAGUAAAUUUAAAGAAGCCACAGCAUAUAUUCUCUGUUUUGGAGGAUUAUGGUUUGGACCCCAACUGCAUUCCUGAGAAUCCACAUAAUAUUUAUUUUGGUAGAUGGAUUGCAGAUGGACAGAGGGAGCUUAUAGAGUCAUACAGUGUCAAAAAGAGACACUACAUUGGAAAUACAAGCAUGGAUGCUGGUUUAUCAUUCAUCAUGGCCAACCAUGGAAAAAUAAAGAAAAAUGAUAUUGUCUUUGAUCCAUUUGUUGGAACAGGUGGCCUUCUGAUAGCAUCUGCUCAUUUUGGAGCAUAUGUAUACGGGACAGACAUAGACUAUAACACAAUUCAUGGCUUGGGAAAGGCUAGUAGGAAAAACCAGAAAUGGAGAGGACCAGAUGAAAACAUUAGGGCAAAUCUCCGUCAGUAUGGGUUAGAGAAGUAUUACCUUGAUGUCCUGGUUUCUGAUGCAUCCAAACCUUCCUGGAAGAAGGGCACAUAUUUUGAUGCAAUCAUCACUGAUCCUCCAUAUGGUAUCAGGGAAUCUACAAGAAGAACAGGUUCACAGAAGGAAAUCCAGAAGGGGAUAGAAAAAUGUCCAGAAAGCCAUGUUCCUGUUUCCUUGAAUUAUCAUCUGAGUGAUAUGUUUUUUGACCUGUUAAACUUUGCAGCUGAGACCCUCACAUUAGGUGGAAGACUAGUCUAUUGGUUACCAGUAUACACACCAGAAUACACUGAAGAGAUGGUACCCUGGCAUCCUUGCCUGAAACUUAUUAGCAACUGUGAGCAGAAGCUUUCUAGUCACACAGCAAGGCGCUUGAUAACAAUGGAAAAGGUGAAGAAUUUUGAGAACCAGGACCAGUAUUCACAUCUGCUAAGUGAUCAGUUUCUGCCAUACCAAGGUCAUAAUUCCUUCCGUGAGAAAUAUUUCAGUGGGAUAACAAAAAGAAUUGCCAAGGAAGAAAAAUCUAGCCAGGAGUGAACAUUUUGACAAUGAAGAAAGAAUAAGGAUUUCAUAAAAGGACAUCUGGAUGUGAACUUUCAUGUGUGAUACAGAAAACAUGCACUGCUUUAAAUAAUUUUAUAUAACCAAAAAAAUGCUACAAAGUAAAUUGAACAAUUCUUUUAAAAUUAGCCUUGUUUUAUGAACUAUUUUGUUGUAUGUGGUCUUUUGAACUUUAUUUAAUUUAUAUUUGUACUUUCAAGUAUUAUGGAAAUUAAAAACAGUUAUAUUUUUGGUAAUUAAUUUACAACGGGAACUACUAUUGUUGACUUUUUAAACAGUUAUCUUCAGACUAUAUUAUAGGCAGUUAAUAGUGGUUGAGAGUGUAUUCAUUAGAGUUAAUUGUUUUCUUUUAUUGUAAUUGAUUUACAUCGCCACUAAUAAACCUAAUUGAGGAUUUCUAAA